AUGGAGAUUACAAAGUAUGCAGUGGAUGUGACUCUGGAUCCUGAUACAGCUCACAAGGACCUCAUCCUGUCUGCUGAUGGGAAACAAGUGAGGGAUAGUGACUCACCACAGAAUCGUCCUGACAACCCUAAGCGCUUUGAUCGUGUUGUUAAUGUUCCUGGAAAGCAGGGGUUCACCUCUGGUAGAUUUUACUAUGAGGUUGAGGUCAGUAGGAAGACUGCAUGGACAUUAGGAGUAGCCAGAGAGUCCAUUAACAGGAAGAGACCCCGUGUCCUGUCACCUGUCAAUGGAUACUGGACAAUAUGGCUGAGAAAUGGGGAUGAGUAUAAGGCAAUAGCUGGUCCCUCUGUGGUUCUCUCCCUCAGAGAGAAGCCAGAGAGGGUGGGGGUGUUUGUGGAUUAUGACGCAGGUUUGGUCUCUUUUUAUGAUGCAGACAGAUGGAAUCUAAUCUACUCUUUCCGGGGUGUCUCUUUCAAGGAGAAAAUCUAUCCAUUUUUUAGUCCAGGUCUUCAUGAUGGUGGCAAAAACUCAUCUCCUCUGAUUAUCAUGACUCAAAUUACAUGCCCAAAAUGAAUGUUAACUUGCUGGUAUUUCAUUAUGUUUUAUAAUUUUUUACUGCUUUUACUCAUCACUUUUAAUUGUGGUCUUCUAUUGAAUUUCUAGUAUUUUUCAUCAUUAUUCACUUUUGAUUAUUUCCUCUUCUUUUAUUUAUUUUUACUUGUUUUAUUUGUUAAUUUCCUGUUUCCUCCUUCAUUUAUUAUCUAAAGUUUUCAUCAAUGUAUUUACCUCAGAUGUAAAGCACUUUGGUACAACUGCUGUUGUUUUUAAAUGUGUUACAUAAAUAGGGUUAAUUUGACUUGACUUGACUUCCAUCCAACAAUCAAAUCCACCCCUAGUUGGCAGAAAUGCAUCCAAUUUCAUCUCAUUUUCACUUGUCAUAGGAAUGUCAACCAAAAUGCCGAGUUUUGUAUUUGAUUGAAUAUUCUAAAA